CAAUAGCUAAGAUUAUAUUUUACAUAUUUUGAAACACACAGGCUUAAUAGAAAGAAAUGCUUGUGAACAAUGCUUAGUCUUUUUAUGACGUAAUUUGAAAUUACCUAUAUAUUUCAUUCUAUUCAACUUUCAAAUGUGGUCAUGAUCCACUAAAUUUAUUUCAUGGUAUACUAAUUGGUAGUAACCCAAAGUUUGAAAACCACUUUUCUCAGACAUAUAAAAGUAUGCCAGAUGUUGAACUUUGAUAGUAUCAAAAGAUAGUCCCUUAGGGUUCUAAUUUUUAAAAAUUUUUCAAACCAUUGUAGGGGAGUAGCUUUGUCUCAUGUUAAACCACUCUUACCUUUAAGGAUCUGACACACUACGCAAGAAAAAGACUUCAAGGUUGGAGGAGGAGAUUUUCCAUGACUUUUAUCAAAAAGUCUAAAGUCUAUGUUGUGGGAGAAAAAUGUAGAAUAACAAAAUGAGUAAAAGUAUAGAGGCAAAACAAGCGUGUGUAUGAGAGAGAGAGAAAGCAUGGAAAAGAGGAAAUUCAUGGGGAUGAGUAAAAUGACUACUUCCAGUGCCACAGACUAGACUCAGUUGCUUCUCUUAUUUUAUUUUUUGAGACAGGGUCCUGUUCUGUCACCCAGGCUGGAGUGCAGUGGUGUGAUCUCCACUCACUGCAACCUCCAUCUCCUGGGCUCAAGUGAUCCUCCCACCUCAGCCUCCCUAGUACCCAGGACUACAGGCCCAGGCCACCACACCCACUAAUUUUUGCAUUUUUAGUAGAGGCAAGGUUUCAUCAUAUUACCCAGACUGCUCUCGAACUCGUGAGCUCAAGCAAUCUGCCUGCCUCAGCCUCCCAAAGUGCUAUGAUUACAGGUAUGAGCACCUGGCCUCAACUGCUUCUUGAAGAUAUUUUAAAACUUUAUCUUAACAUUGUAGAGGGAGUGGGUAUUAAUCAGUUGAUAAUGCCAAGAAGUGCAAUCUCUUUUAAUAGCAUAUCUAAGACAACCUAAUGUUUAUACUUCUUGCUAAGAUUUCACUACCGGUUCUGUUGAGCUGUGUCAACUGAGUAAUUAUUCUUUUCUUUUUUCUUUCUUUGUUUAUUUUUUAGAGACAGGGUCUCAGUCACCUAGGCUGGAGUGCAGUGGUGCAAUCAUAGCUCACUGAAGCCUUGACCUCCUGGGCCCAAGCAAUCCUCCUGCCGCAGCCUCCCAAGUAGCUGGGACCACAGGCACAUGCCACCACCCCCAGCUAUUUUGUUUGUUUGUUUGUUUUUUGUUUUAUUUUGUUUUUGAGGCGGAGUCUCACUCUGUCACCCAGGCUGGAGUGCAGUGGCGCGAUCUCGGCUCACUGCAAGCUCCGCCUCCUGGGUUCCCGCCAUUCUGCUGCCUCAGUCUCCCGAGUAGCACCCCCAGCUAUUUUAAAAAAAUUUUUGUAGAGAUAGGUUCUCAUCAUGUUGCCCAGGCUGUUGAACUCCUGGCCUCCAAAGGUGGGAGUUGUUCUAGCAGCUUCCCUGUGAUCUUCUUAUAUCUACUGGUGGAGUGGGAAAGAGUAGUUCAAACAACUCAGACAGAAAAUCUCGCUGGUGCAACAGUGGAGAAAAGGGCCAAGUACUUGUCCUGUUACUUCCAGUUUUUCUAGAUAUAUGAGCAGCAGGACUCCUCUCUUUAUAAAAAGAACUAUGAGUUUCCUGGCUCUAAUGAAGAGUGACCAGGCAUUCAGGAGCUCAAAUGCCCAGAUACAUAUAACCAACCAAUUCUCCUAGAAUGUAUUGCUAAAAAUGAAUUUUGCUCAUAUGCUUCAAAGACCUCAUUUAUAGUUAUACUUAAAACAGUGCAUAGGAAUCAAGCUGUAUCAGCCAAUUUUAUAUGAAAAAACUAUAGGUUGUAAGUAAAUUAGGACAUAAUUUUAUAUCUAGCGGGGGUUAAAGGACACUUAGAAAAUAGAGACACAUGAGAUGGCCCAGCCUUACAGAAUGGAUUCUCCUGAAAACCCUUACAAUAAAAACCAAAUAACAGUAUUUUUUUUUUUUUUUUGGAUUUAGGCAAUAGUAUGGGAGGGAAAAGGGACAUAGAACAUUUUAUCUUACAAACACAUUGUUCUCUUUAUCUUUCUGCUUCAAGUUCUACCACCACUCCUGGGUCCACUGAUUAAUCUAACAACAUGGCCUCUCAGUCCCUAAGUCUUUACCUCUACUCCUGUUAUUCAGUCAUUAAUGCCCUGGCUACAUAUUGUACUUUUUCCCCACCAAGAAACUGUUCUAUGAUAUAAUAAUUUCAGCUAUCUCCCUCUGAGAACACAAUUGUCUAUGCCUAUAACCUUCUCAUUCUGCUGUUUCUAUCACAUCUUGUCUUUGACCUUAUCAGGAGCUCCAUUCCAUGAUGCUGAUACUACCUAUCAAACGCUCCUGUUUUAAUUUCCUUCCUAUUCAGCUGAUUUCCUGGUGUACCACUCCCAGUUGCUCUCAUGCCCAUAUUCUCAAUUCCCUUGUUCAAUUUUCCUUCACUAAAACCACCUGAUGAAACUCCAGCCAGAUGAAUAUAGUCCUCCUCCUCUCUUACACAUGGGGUGCUGCACUCUAUAAGACCAAACUUACAAAAUUAGCAAUACCAUUGCCACUAUAAAUGUAUAAUAUUCAAACCUAAUUUGGCUUCUGAGACCACGAACUCCUUUUAUAAUUUUUCUAACAAGCUUUCUCUUCUACGCUCCACAACAACUAUUUUAAACCUACUUAUCUUACUUUAAACUUCUUACCCUACCACUUAGAUACCCCCUUUUAUUAGAUGAACUUGCCUAAUACCUUAUUGAGAAAAUAGAAUCCAUCAGCUAGAAAUUCAUUUUCCUGUCCCCUACUCCACAGCUUUAACAGCAUCCGUAUCUAUACUUUUCACCUGCUGAGGUCCCUCCCACUGGUCUAAAUCCAAACUCUUCAUACAUUGCCUGGAUCCCAUCUUUAACAACCUUUCUAGGUGACUUGCAUUAUCCCUUCUGUAUCUUAAUUUUCUCUUUCCCUACUGAACAUUACACAUUGGCAUUUUAAAUAUAUUCAAGUUUCUCCAGUCUUUAAAACACUCUCUGAGUCUGAAUUCUUCUCCAGAUACCAAUGUAUUUCUUAUUCCUUUUACAGCCUUUUCAUUCUUUACAAAUUUCUUGAGAGCCUGGCUGCAGUGAGCCACUGAGCCUGGGUGAUAGACUGAGACCCUGUCUCAAAAAAAAAAUUGUUGAAAGAGUGGUCUACCUCAUUUUUGCUUCUUCAUCCCUCUCACUUUGCACCGAAAUACAAUCUAAUUUUCAUCACAACAAUUCUACUGAAACUGCUAUUGCAAAUCUUAUCAAAUAUUUCCGUAUAAGUUAAGAUUAUACUGUGGAACCAAUGUGAUGCAAUGACACAGUGGCUUCUAAACAUGUCUCUCUUUUUCACAUGACAGUACCAAUGUAAAAAUUAUUAGGUAGGUAGGGCAGCUUUCAUCCUCGCAGUCCUUCUGAAACCAAAUUUUCUUUCAAGUAAUUUCUUCAACAUUCCCUAUGGCAAUAUAAUUUGCAUGGCUGUAGCUGGGUCACUGCCACAUCUGGGUUCUAGCUCGCUCGGAAGAAAGAGGCAUAUCCAGAUGAUUUCUGUUCUAUAACUGGAAGGGGCAGACAGAAAUUCUGCUCACAAUCCAUCUGUGAGAACUUAAUUCACUUGGCCACACUCAAAUACAAGGGAGGCUGGGAUGGGCAAUCUACCUUCAUGGCCACGUACCUGAGUACAGUUCUAUUACUAUAGAAGCAAGGGAAAACAGAUUUUGUCAGACAUCUAUCAGAAUCCUCCACAAUAACCAUCUUUUUAAGCCCAAUGGAUAAUUGUCAUACUUAUUUUUCUUGACUUUUCUGAAGCAUUUGCAGCCAUUGAUCUUCCUCAUCUCCUUAAAAUGCUAUUUGCUUUUGAUUUCAUGAUUUUGAACUCCGAGCCUUCUUUAUCUUUUCAAAUGUGCUGCUUGCCCUGUCUCCUCUAAAUGAAGAUGUUUCUUAGAGUUCUGUGCCAAGCCUCUUUUAUACUUAUUUGAGACACUUUUGCUUGGUUAUCCUAGAGCAUUCAUGGUAUAUAUAUAUAUAUAUAUAUAGUGAUUGAAACCAUGAAUGCUAUAUAUAUAUGUGCUCUAUAUAUAUGCUCUCUAUAUGCUACAUAUAUAUAUACAUACACACACACACACACACACACACACACCAAAGUUCGUAUGGCCAGCUCAGAUUUAUUUCCUAUGCUUUGGUUAUAUGCAAACACACACACACACACACCUCACCACCACACAAACACACAAACACACAAACACACAUCCUACAGGCACUUACCUCAAUAUCAGCAUGUUCAAAACUGAACACUUCAUCUUUUUCCACCCCAAUCAUGUUUUUUUAGCAUUCCCUGUCCUAGUGAAUGACACCACUAGUCAUCCAGUUGCCCAGUCCAGAGAUGUGAUAUCAUCUCUGAGUCUUUCCCCUUUUUCUCCCCAUGCAACCUAUCAACCAACAGUUGGAAAUAUUUCAUCUCCUCAUACCUUUCUACUCAUCCCUCUUCUCUCCAUCCACACUGGCAUUAUCCUCAUCCAGAUCAUCAUCUCUUAUCUGAUCUCCUUGAUUCUCCAGUCAUUCCCCCUGAAAUUAAUUUUCCAUACUGCAACCAAACUGAUUUUUUAAAAUGCAGAUGUAAUCAUGUUAAUCAGAUGUUUAAAACUCAUCUUUGUACUUGAAUUACCUUUAGGAUAAAUUCAAGAAUGCAUGAUAUGACCUGUAUAAUGAUUCAUGUUCUCACCAUGCUUUUAACCCUAAUUUCAUUGUUAGACCCUCCCCUUCUAUGGUUUUUAAAGUCCAAGGCAUACUUCACUUCUCUGUGUUCCUCAAAAUGCCCAUCUGAAAUAUUCCUCCUUCUCCUGGCUAGUUCCUUCAGAUCACAAUGUAUUAUUCAUUACCUCAGGAAAGCUUUCACUGAUGUCCAAAGUCUGACUUCGAUCUUAAUUAUUUUAUUUUUGACAGACACUUAACCAGCACUUACAAACCACUUUGUAAAUAUUAGUUCAUUAGAUGCCUAUGAUAAUAAUCAUAGGAGGCAAAUAUUAUUAUUACCCCAUUUUACAGGUGAGGAAACAAAGGUAUCUAUAACUUGCCCAAGCUUACAGAUAGUGAGUCACAUAACCAGGAUUCUAAUAUUGAUAAUUUUGUUCCAGAUCCCAUAUUCCUAAGCACUAAGGUAUGUAGCCUCCCAGGUACAAGAGGUCUUUUCUAGGUAUUUCUAUAUUACUUUUUGUAAAUGCAUACAUUAUGACAUACUUCAUUUACUUGUCUGCCAAUUUUUCUAGUUUGUGAGCUCCAUAAGAGCAAGAAUUAUCUCUAACUUAUUUGUGCCAUGUCCUUGUUUAUAUUUUUAAAAUAUAAAAGGGAAAAAGUAAUGACAUUACCAACUAUAGCUGACAACAAGUAUUUACAAGAGUGAAGGAGAGAAUAUAAUUGUAAUUACUCAAGAAAUGACUUAAAUAAAAAUUAUUUCUUCAGUUCAGAAUAUUUUAACAGAUCCUUUAGUGUCGUGCAUUCAAAACAGUGAUAAUGCAGUGUAUGGACAUUUUCAGGAUUCAAAUUCAAACAAACCAACAGCAAAGGACAUUUUGGAGAGAACUGGGGAAAAGCAAAUGCAGUAUAAAUUACAUCGAGGAAUUAUUGCUGAAGUUGUUGAUUGUGAACGUUAUAUUACAAUUAUCUUUUAGAAGGCCUUAUCUAUUAAAAAUACUUAGUAAAGUAUUUAAAGGUAAAAAAAAUGAUGUCUGGGAUUUGUUUCGAAUGUUCCGGAUGUAUUUAUGAAUUACUUUUUCAAAGAGGAAAACUUUUUUAAUGGAAAAAAAAAAACAUGGAGACACAUGGUGGCGCUACAGGAUAAGACGAAAACAGUACAUAGGCUAGCACGGUGAGCUUCGCUAUUCAGGAGAACAGAAAGCAUCCAACCCACUGAAAAGACAGGCAUUAAAGGAGCUUCGCCUACAGAGCUGCUGGAGGAUACACUCUCCGGGGGUUCCUAUUAAAAACCGGAGCUUCAGCUUCCAAAAUUAGGGCUGAGCUUCAAUUUUUCCACAAGAGAUUCCCUAAAGGAACCAUGGAGAUCAGAGGGGCACUCAAUCUGCGAAAAAGGCAAGUUCUAAUAUUCCUUGUUUUGCUGGGAUUGUCUCGGGCAGGUACUGAAUCUGCACACUAUUCUGUGGCAGAGGAAACAGAAAUUGGCUCUUUUGUGGCUAAUCUAGCGAGGGACCUAGGGCUGGGGGUGGAGGAGCUGUCUUCACGUGAAGCCCGGGUAGUGUCUGAUGAUAAUAAAAAGUAUUUGCACCUUGAUUUGCCGACUGGGGAUUUGCUCCUAAAUGAGAAACUAGACCGAGACGAGCUGUGUGGCUCCACCGAGCCCUGUGUGCUGCAUUUUCAGGUGGUUUUGGAAAACCCUUUACAGUUUUUUCGGGUUGAGCUGCGUGUCAAAGACAUAAAUGAUCACUCCCCUACAUUCCUAGACAAGGAAAUACUUAUUAAAAUAUCAGAAGGUACCACUGUUGGAGCUACAUUUCUAAUGGAGAGUGCUCAAGAUUUGGAUGUUGGAAGCAACAGUCUCCAAAACUACACAAUUAGCCCCAAUUCUCACUUCUACAUUAAAAUUCCAGACAGUAGUGACAGAAGGAUAUACCCAGAGCUGGUCCUAGAUAGAGCUUUAGAUUACGAACAGGAAGCUGAACUCAGAUUAACACUCACAGCAGUGGAUGGUGGAUCCCCGCCCAAGUCUGGGACAACUUUGGUUCUCAUUAAGGUGUUGGACAUCAAUGAUAAUGCUCCUGAGUUUCCUCAGAGUCUCUAUGAGGUGCAAGUCCCCGAGGAUAGACCCCUUGGCUCCUGGAUUGCCACCAUCUCAGCUAAGGAUCUGGAUGCAGGAAACUAUGGAAAAAUAUCUUACACAUUUUUCCAUGCAUCAGAAGAUAUUCGUAAAACAUUUGAAAUUAAUCCAAUAUCUGGGGAAGUUAAUUUGAGAUCACCUCUGGAUUUUGAAGUCAUACAGUCCUAUACUAUAAAUAUUCAGGCAACAGAUGGUGGGGGUCUUUCAGGAAAAUGCACCCUUCUAGUUAAAGUUAUGGAUAUAAACGACAACCCACCAGAAGUGACCAUAUCGUCGAUUACAAAGAGAAUUCCAGAGAAUGCCUCAGAGACCCUAGUAGCUCUUUUUAGUAUCCUAGACCAAGACUCUGGAGACAAUGGGAGGAUGAUUUGCUCUAUUCAAGAUAACCUCCCUUUUUUCCUGAAACCGACCUUCAAGAACUUUUUCACUCUAGUUUCUGAAAAAGCACUGGACAGAGAGAGCCAAGCCGAGUACAACAUCACGAUCACCGUCACAGACUUGGGGACACCCAGGCUGAAAACCGAGUACAACAUAACCGUGCUGGUCUCUGACGUCAAUGACAACGCCCCCAUCUUCACCCAAACCUCCUACACCCUGUUCGUCCGCGAGAACAACAGCCCCGCCCUGCACAUCGGCAGCAUCAGCGCCACAGACAGAGACUCAGGCACCAACGCCCAGGUCACCUACUCGCUGCUGCCGUCCCAGGACCCGCACCUGCCCCUCGCCUCCCUGGUCUCCAUCAACGCAGACAACGGCCACCUGUUCGCCCUCAGGUCGCUGGACUACGAGGCCCUGCAGGAGUUCGAGUUCCGCGUGGGCGCUACAGACCGCGGCUCCCCGGCUCUGAGCAGCGAGACGCUGGUGCGCGUGCUGGUGCUGGACGCCAAUGACAACUCGCCCUUCGUGCUGUACCCGCUGCAGAACGGCUCCGCGCCCUGCACCGAGCUGGUGCCCCGGGCGGCCGAGCCGGGCUACCUGGUGACCAAGGUGGUGGCGGUGGACGGCGACUCGGGCCAGAACGCCUGGCUGUCUUACCAGUUGCUGAAGGCCACGGAGCCCGGGCUGUUCGGCGUGUGGGCGCACAAUGGCGAGGUGCGCACCGCCAGGCUGCUGAGCGAGCGUGACACAGCCAAGCACAGGCUGGUGGUGCUGGUAAAGGACAACGGCGAGCCUCCGCGCUCGGCCACCGCCACGCUGCACGUGCUCCUGGUGGACGGCUUCUCCCAGCCCUACCUGCCGCUCCCGGAGGCGGCCCCGACCCAGGCCCAGGCCGACUCGCUCACCUUCUACCUGGUAGUGGCGUUGGCCUCGGUGUCGUCGCUCUUCCUCUUUUCGGUGCUCCUGUUCGUGGCGGUGCGGCUGUGCAGGAGGAGCAGGGAGGCCUCAGUGGGUCGCUGCUCGGUGCCCGAGGGCCCCUUUCCAGGACAUCUGGUGGACGUGAGCGGCACCGGGACCCUAUCCCAGAGCUACCAAUACGAGGUGUGUCUGACGGGAGGUUCCGGGACAAAUGAGUUCAAAUUUCUGAAGCCGAUUGUCCCCAAUUUUCAAGUUCAUGACACUGGUAAGAAUAUGGGGGAAAUCGAGAACUUUCGAAAUAGCUUUGGAUUUAACAUUCAAUAAAAUAAUUUAUUUUAAAUUUCUAAUUUUUAGUUAUUCUUGGCAAGCUGAUGGUACUUUUUGCAUAAUCUUUUGUGAAUUCUUGGUUGUACUGUAGUUGCAUGCAUGAUUAUAGCUUUUUUUUCUCACAGUUUCUUUAAAAAUCUUUAUUAGUGGGUAUAAUGACAUGGAAAUGUAAUCUGUGUUUUCUGGUUUUUCAUUUAUUUGGUCAAAAUGUUAUAUUAAUGGAGUUAUUGCUAUUUUUGCUGUGAUAAUGGUAUUAUUCAAGACAAUAUUCUCAAUUAUUUGGAUAUGCAAACUAAAGUAUUAAGAGCUAAUGUCAUUGUAUAUGUAAUUUAAAUCUAGGCAGCAUCAAAACAUAAAGUAAAAAUAAAGAGUAUUGCUGAAUCUGGGUCGAAAA